AUGGCUGUAGCCACUACACUUAUCACCUUGCUCCUGGCUGCUUCGUCUGCUGCACAGUCUAUCGAAGGUCUCGGAGUUUCAGGCGGGAAUGGACCACGAGGCGGCAUUGGUGAUGGUGCUCAUCCUGUCAUGCGACCUCAGGCCUUCAUCACAGAUGCGAAGAUUCCAACAGCACCGAAUACAACACGGCAGCUAGCACCAGGACGACCACCAAGGCUCGUCUUGCACAACCAGACUUCUCCGACUUGCGACACUCGUAGGAGAGUAGUCAUCGACUCAUCGACCGGAGGCGCACAGCAGGAGAUGCUGGGCUUCGGACAUGCUUGGACUGGGUCCACUGUGUCUGUGUUCCAAACGCUCGAAGACGAUGUGCUAGACCGAGUCAUGCAAGACCUUUACGGCCAGGGUGGCAACAAUAUGGGCUUCAUGCGACAUACCAUCGGCUCCAGCGACCUGGACGGGAACCAAUACACCUACGACGACAACGGCCCGUCCUUCAACCAAGGCCAACCUGACCUCGACCUCUCCAACUUCGACAUCGGUCCUCAUGGCUCUGCGAUGGCUGAGAUGAUCGCCCGCAUGGGCAGUUACAAAGGAGACGUCUUCCUCUUCGGCUCUCCGUGGUCAUACCCUGGUUGGAUGAAACACAAUGGCCUCUUCAUCGCUCCAAAUCUGAACGAAGGCAGCUACAGCAACCUCAUGAACAACUCCUUCAACAUGCAGUACAUCCCGCAGAUCAUCCAGUAUUUCUCCAAAUACGUCGACGCUUUUCUCGACCACGGUGUCAGCGUCAACGGCCUUACACUCAUGAACGAGCCGCUAAAUUCCCAGGGUGGCUACCCGUGCAUGUUCCUCGACGCUGCAGACGAAGCUGCUAUCCUUGCCCAAGGGCUGGGAGAGGAAAUGCACAACCGCGGCGUCAAAGUCAUGGCCUACGACCACAAUACCGACCAGCCAAUGUAUCCUAUGCGAGUCGUACAAGGAGCGCCGGAGUAUACUGACAUGGCGGCGUGGCAUUGCUACCAGGGCCCAGUGGCGAAUUACUCUGUGAUGCGGGACUUUCACUACGCUUACCCGGAUAAGCUGCAGUUCAUGACAGAGUGCUCCAACUACCUGCCUGAAGCCGGGAGUGUCAACUGGGCUGUUGCGCAGAACUUCAUCCCACCCGUCCGGUAUGGAGCCAGCGGAGGAACGAUGUGGGUGAUGGCGACGAACCCAGACUUCGGGCCGCAUUCGCCUUACGGUGGUUGCGCUGGCUGCUUAGGCUCGAUUGUUGUCAAUUCUUCAACGACGUACACAAAGACGAAUGACUACUACAUGAUUGGCCAAUUCUCCCGCUUCAUUCGACGAGGAGCCGUGAACUACAAAGUCCUAGAAGGCAUGGAAGGAACGACGUACGAUCCGAACUGGUUCGAUCUCAUCGCUGUGAAGAACCCGGACAUGGGCUGGGCGGUGGUGUUCAUGAACAACCUUGGCAGUGAUCAAGACGUGGUGCUGUCGUUUACGGAAGGUGAUUUUGAGUGGGAAGGUACAAUUCCAAAUGCCACUGUGGUGACGUGGUUGUUGCCGAGUGAUCAGAUUGUGGGACAGUCUGGUGUUCUGCCUUUGGCGAGUGGGACGGCGGUUGUUGGGACUGGGACGGGUGGAGGGACAGCGUGUCCGACGACGAGCAGUAUGAUGAGUAGCUCGAGCGCUCCGCCGACGUCGACGCUGAAGCCAGUGCCGCACACGAAGCAUACAAUUUCGGUGAGCAGUGGAUCAAGUUCGGUGUCUUGA